AUGCAAGAUGAGGAGCUGUUACGCAAGCCCUCCCAGGGCAAGCUGACAUCCCUUCUUACCGACUGGGUGCACGGCUGGCAAGCGACUGCUCUCCUCCUCCAUGCAAUAGGCAUCUGUCCUAUGGCGACUCCCAGCGUCUGGUACAGCCCCCAUGGCUCCCUCAAUACCGAGCCUAUGCUCCGUGCCAGGGGCAUCGAUCCCCACAACCCCAGCAUUACCAACACCGCCGCGGCAGCAGCCCGCAUUGCCGCUCAUACUGCCCUCUUCACAGCUGCCAAACUGCACCACGGUAUGCCCUUUGCAGGCGCUGCGGCGCGAUCUGCAAUACCCCAGCCCAUUGGCUCGCCUCGCACACAGGUCCUGAAGCUUCUGCUGUGCCGCUCAUCGAUGUCCGGACGCAACCCGCGCAUUCGAUCCCCUUACUUCCUGUCCCCUACUCACGUUUAA